GUAAGACACUGACUGUUGCCUGGGAAGCCGCGAUUACAGCCAGCUAGAAUACAUUCCCCUCGAUUUGUUCUCAGUAGUACAGUGAUGCUCUAGGGCAUAGGAAGUGCUCAGCUUCGAAAAAAAGAAACAAGAGAAAAAUGCCUUCCACCAAACGCGAGUAUUCUUUUCUGGGGUGCCUUCUGAGUCCUCGGUUGUACGGUGUGAUUGUGGGUGUGGUCAGUCUGUGGGCCAUGAUGGCCUCGCUGUCGGCGUCCAUCUAUCUGAUGGUGAAGUUCAACGACUUCAAGGACGUUCCGGACAGCUUGAAAGCCUAUUAUCGGUACGCUAUGGUUGAUACGAUACUGAUAUUGAUUGGCGUGACCGUUGUUGGGUUCUAUCUAGUCGGUCUUUACAAAGUCAACGAGCACUAUUUGAUGCCGUUCAUAGUGCUACUCGUGCUGGACUUUUUGGGCUACAUUGUGUCUGAGACGAUGCUGAGAAUGAAUGCACCCAACAACGCACUGCCAAAGGACCGCUGGAAGCAAAAUCUCAUGGAGAUGGUGAUAUUUACCUGCCUGUUUGGACUGACGACCCACAUCUAUCGGAUCUUCAAGCACAAAAGACUAAUGGAGGAGCAAAGGUUCGGCGGUUAUCGGAGUAUUUCCAGCAGUGCCGAGAAUAUUGGGAUGUAGAUUAUAAGUUGUUCUGUUUGUUAGCUCGGUAAGAGUUUGUUGUACAUACUUUAUUCAUUUUAAGCAAUCCCAUAAUUAGGAAAUUCUGAACAUGAUUAAAAUAAAAGCCACGUAAUUUUGAACAAAAAAAAAAUAAAUACUG